AUGUUAACAAUUGCGUUCUUUAUCGGUGUUCUUGUAAUCUGUUAUGUUAUUAAAACUCUUAUAAAUCAGCAAGUGGAAUUACAAAAAGAUAUGGCCGAACAAGAAAAGGAGCAGGUUCGAUGCUCGUCGAGCGAAAGCGAUAAUUUCGAGAAGAUAGACUCUGAAGAAGUCAGAGCAGAGUCUAACGAUGAAAAUCCCCACUUCGUUAUGGGUGACGAAACCCCAUCCAGUGACGAGGGUCCGGCAAAUGAAGGAGGCGACUUCUUCCCCAAUGCACCCCCACCGAAUAUUCGACGGGUUCUUACUCCGGCGCAACAAUUAGCAUUAGCGGAGAGGAGGAGUAAAUUGAGGUAA